AGGGUUUAUUACAGCAGAGCUACUUCUACUUUAUUCAGGAAGUUGAAACAAAAUAAAAUGAGAGCCGUGAAAUAUCUUCGGGCUUUGUAAUAAUAACGCAAGUCAAGCCAUUGAGCUGCUGCUGUGGAGAUUUCCAAAUUCUCUCAUUAAGCAGGUUUGAUUUUUGGGGAGGAAAUUUAGGGUUAUACUUUCCAUAAAUGGAUAACAAGGAUGAUAAGAUGGUAGUAGAAAAACCCUUAGUUGAAGUUGAAAAGGCAACAGUUUCUUCUAUUUUAAAGGAAGAAUCCUGUAAGUUAGAUUUGACGAAUUCAACUUGUAUGAGUACUCAAAUUUCGAAAAAUCAGGGAAAUAAUUGUGGGGUUUUGAAAGAACAAACUGUUAAGGUUGUUAAUUCCGUUGAUGGUGGUGUCGGUGGGGAAGAUGUAGGUGUUUCCAAGGAGCUUUCGACUGGGACGAAUGAGGAAAAUAUUGUUGAUGAUGGUGGUGAAAUGUCAAAAGAGAAUAAGUAUGUCAAAUUUGGUGGAAAUGGAGAUGGGAUUUUGGAUGGAAAUACUGGGUCUGGCGCAAAAUUUGGUAGCAUUGCUCAGAGGACGAGGAAUCGAGCUAAGAAAGAGGAUAUGGAGGGUGUGGAUGUGGAGGUUAAGCGAAAAGGAAGGGACGAUGUUGAUGAAGAUGAUGAAGAAAAUACUUUUUCGGUUGGGGAUUUUGUUUGGGGAAAGAUUAAGAGUCAUCCUUGGUGGCCUGGGAGGAUAUAUGACCCUUCGGAUGCAUCAGAAUUCGCUUUGAAGUACAAGCAUGAAGGGCAGCUUUUAGUUGCAUAUUUUGGGGAUAGAACAUUUGCUUGGUGUGAUCCUUCUCAGUUGAAGUCUUUUGAAGAGAAUUUUGAAGAGAUGUCUAAGCAGAGCAGUUUGAAAACCUUUGUUAGUGCUGUAAUGGAAGCUUUGAAUCAAUUUGGUACUCUUUUUAAGCUACAAAUGACUUGUUCAUGUGCAAGAGCUAAAGAAGUUGAGGGUUCUCUGCCUUUUGUUGUCAAUGGGGGUGUCAAACAAGGGGUUUAUGUUCCUGAGAAACGGAUUUCCAUGUGUUUAGCUGAUCAAUGUACAUCAUCUGCAUUGCUUGCUGAUAUCAAACGUUUGGCGACUUGUGGUUUUGUAACGAAUGCACUCGAGCUAACAGUGCUAAAGAGUUGGUUAUCCGCCUUUUUUCAUGCUAAGUUUGGUUAUUCGUUACCUAUAUGUUGUGAACCCAUGAGCAUUGAAGAUCCUGUGGAUAGAGAGUGUGUGCCUAGUGAAAUUUUUUUUGGCGGUCCAGAUGAUGGGGGUUAUAGCAUAGGGACUGUAGAUCAGAAUCUAGGUAAAAAGGGGUCGUCGCUGUUGCUGACACCGCUUGAUAUCUCUCAGAAAGGAAGAAAAUCUAAGACCAUUACUGAGCUGUUGGGAGUAGUUGACACAGGAAAUGAGUUGGAGAGGAACAUUAAUGGAAGUGACGGAGAAACACCCGUAAGUAAGUCAGUAGUGAAAUCUAGAAAGAAGAGACGGCGGGUUCCUGAUGAGGAUCAAUCAUCCGUGCGUGGGGUAGUUGGGAAUGACAGAGAUCCAAAAGAAGUGGAGCAAUCAGGGAAGUUGAUGGGAAUGUCUGGGAGGAGAAUACGGAAGACUAAUGACGAAAAUGAUAGUCAAGUGAUAACUCGAUCAAGUGCGAGGAAGACAAAAGAUGGAAGUGAGAUGGAAAAGCAACAGAAAAAGGACAUGAUGGCUAAGGUGAAUAAAAAGAGUAUCAGCCUGAGUAUUAAUAGUGGACCUAUGGUUGAAGAGGUAUACGGGAGGGUCUCUCCGAGAGAAAGGAAAUUGAGCAAGUACUUGUCUCCUCCCUACACAAUGCAACUGCAGAGGCAAAGAAGUUCGUGCUCCGAAAAUGGGUCAGAUCAAGCUGGUCUCGCGUAUUCUGAUGUUACCAAGACAGGUGAGAAGAUGGACAAAGAAUCUGAUAAGUUUAUGGGCUCUCCUCGCUUAGCGAAAUGUAGUUCUCAAAAGUUUCAGAGGUUGUCCAAGGACUCAAGUUGCAAGCGUGUGAAGAUCGAUCAUGCAGAGCACAAAGGAAAUCAGUCAACUCCGAGUUCUGAAAUUGCUGGGCCCGUGAAAAGUAUUGGUUCUUUGAAUUGUGUUCUGAGUGAAAUUCACUCAGCUGCUCGUGAUCCACUAUCUUUAAAGAAUGAUAAGUCCUUUGAUUCAAUCAAGGGAUUUCUAUAUUCCUACAGGAACUCAAAUUACAAAGAUGGGCCUAACCAUAGUUCCUACAAGAGAAAGAGAGUACGCAAUUCGUCAGGUACCAAGCAUGGAUCCAACGAAAAGGUUCGGAAUGAUGGUGAUCAGCGGAAACCCAAGUCAAAACCUGUUAAAAAGAGUGCCUUAAAGGGUGAAGAACCGAAGUUGGAGCCAAAGGCUGAACAUGAAGCACCCUGUGGGCUGUCUUCAUCAUCCACAGCCCUUAUAAUUACAUUUCCUGCAGGUUUCUCCAUGCCAACAAAGGAAGCUAUCAUACAAAUGUGUUCCAAGUUUGGUGAAGUGAACAAGUCAGAAACGGAGAUGAUUGCAAAGUCAUCGACAGCAAAGAUAGUGUUUGCUCUUCGUUCGUCUGCCAAAGCUGCAAUGAAGACAAUGCGAAAGAGCGCUCUUUUUGGGAACGUGAAAGUAAGCUACAAAGUUCUAAACCCUACAGCGUCGAAGGGAAAGAAAAUCGACGUGCAGAACAAAAAGAAAAUGAAAGCUUCUAAGGCAACAAGUGAAGCCAAAUCACCCGCCAAACCGCCUGCUGUGAAUCCCCCGAGUGAACAACCCCCUGAAGUGGUCUCUAUCAGGCAGAAGCUCGAAUCGUUGUCAUCGAUGUUAGCAAAGACGGCUAACAAGGAUGGUAAGAUGUCACAGGAGGCAAAAUGUAACCUUGAAAAUGAAGUAAAGGAGCUGUUGAAAAAGGUGAAGAUGAUGAAGCCUUCAUCAUCCUAGUUUGGUAUUGAAAUAUUUUGGUUUUGGAUAUAUAUAGAGAGAGAUCUUUUAGGUUCUUUGUAAAGAUUGCUCCCUGUUUACUCUUUUGGUUGCAUAUACUUUUAGUACACUUGUUUUCAGUGUAGAAGAGUCAAAUGCUAUGGUGUUCUUUGGUUGUUUCCUGUAGUGUAGUACACCUGGGAUUUGGGAAUGGGAUCCUGUUUAUUUAAAUUUCGAAUCCUUCAAUAACAGACUUUUAGCCUGGUUUCU